AUGAGAAGAGUCAACAAGCAGAUAAACAAAGCCGAUGCAGCAACAAAAUCAAAAUCUAAGAGCUAUGCUGAUCAACGUCGCGGUGCAAAACAACCAAACUUCAAGGUUGGAGAUCAAGUUCACGUUCGACAGCAAAAGAGGAAUAAAUUAACGUCGAAGUUUAACCCUUGACCAUACCAGAUUAUCAAGAUUAAACCAACCAUGAUUACAGCACGUCGGGGAGAACACCAGGUUACAAGAAACUGUUCUAAUUUCAAGUUAUUUACUGGAAAUUCGAGCGACAAUGAAAGUGAUGUGAGUAUGGACGACAACGCAGUUGGUCAACCAAAUAUUGAAGUCGGACAAGGGAGGGGUGAACCGAGAAGAGAAAUAGAAGAACCGGUAGUUGAACAUCGGGAUGGUCAACGCAGAUAUCCCCAAAGAUGCAGAAACCACCCUUUACAUUAUCGAGAUGAACAGAACAUCAGAUAAACAAACAAAACAAUUUGAUAUUUUGCUCUAACUAUUUAACUUAGCAUACAGUAGCUUCAAAAUUAAUAGGAUUCUCAUUAUUGAGUUGUUAGCUAUCACUUCGUGAUCGAACUUCAGUUUGAACUGAACAUGGGUAGGGAUAUUAUGUUUUAGUUACAUGAAGUAUUGAUAUAUAGUCAUAAGUCACGUGUAUGGGAGAGAGAAAUAUAGAGAUACAAUAGCAAGGAAGGUAAUCAAUGAGCUGGAAGACCAUUACACCAAUAGCUUCUCUGAUCUCAACAGAAUGCUAUCCAAAUGAUUCGACCUUGCGAUACUAUUUGUUGGAUUGUGUGAAAUACGAACCGAAGACAAAAUCCUUGUGGACAACAAUACGUUCUCCGAACUUGGGGCAAAUGAGUUUCAACAGUGUGCAACCUAUAUUGCACAGAUUCCGCACAUACGUGACAACGAUUUGGAGAUGGGCAGUGAACUGUCAUCAACUGUGUUUUGGCGUUUCAAGAAAGUGUUCAUUUCUGUCGUCUGGGGUUGUAUGUUUCCCACACACUUCUGCCAAUUCUUCAAAAAGAUCACAAUCAAAGAUGACAGAGAUUUCUCUUUGAAAGACAUUGUCGUCGGAGGUGUGACCAUGAAAAAGUUCCUGGAGGGCACCCGACAACAAUUCACACUUUCAGAGGACUUCAAAGUAGAGUUGAGCAAUGGCAAGAAGAUGGAAGGUUCUUUUUGA